AUGUCUCUGAUUUCUUUCUGCUCCGGUCUCGCUGCAAGCUAUUGCCACGUCCUCUGCUGCGCGCCGGCCGCACCAGAGCUCGCUCUACGGAUACCACCAACAAGCACGCUCAGUACCUUUCAGGGGCUAACGGACUGCCUAACUUGUUAUAAAUCAUUAAACGGAGGGGCCCCUAUUCGCAUCGCUAUAGCUUCUUUCCAGAGAGGGGCGACGGACUACUGGUACCACCUCAAGCAACGGCCACUGCAGCCAAUCGAGUCUCCGUGGGGCACCUCUUACCACUCUGCCGGCACCCAAUUUUUCCCCUUGGCGCCAAAACCGCCCAAGCAGGGGCUCCCGCCGGCCAUCAUGGCCACAACAACUACCUCAACAUCCACCACCCUCCGUACCCGCAAGUCCUUUGGCCGUAUCCUGCGCAGACCUAUCGCUCCCUCCGCUUCCACUCCCGAUCUCAACGCCGCCUUUACCGCCCAUUCCAGGCUGUCGGCUGCCUUGUCGCGGAAGACGUCGCUUGCCGCCCUUACCUCCAGCACCCUCGCCAGUAUCCCCGAUGUUAGCGAAACCUACGCUCUAGACUCUGUCCUCAGCGAUUCCAGCAUGAUCCCUGCUACCCCCGGCCGGCCUGGCGCUGCCUCGGAUGAUGUUGCCGUCGGUGAUGGCGUCGAGGUGCCCGGAGGCCUGCAGGGCACCGUUCGUUUCGUCGGUUCAGUCCAGGGGAAGAAGGGCCAAUUUGUUGGCAUCGAACUAAACCGUGAGUUCGCCGCCCGCGGUAAGAAUAAUGGCGAUGUGGAUGGCAUAUCCUACUUCAACACCAGUGUCCCGGGUUCUGGUAUCUUCGUCCCCGUCGCGAAGGCCGUCCGCCGCGAGUCGCCAAAUCAUGGAACCUACCCUGUGACUCCGACACCGGCUGCGAACCUGAGAGUUCCCGGCCAAAGCUCUGGCUACACGCCGCCUAUGCCAGCCUUGCCUAAACUGAGCGCAUCAAUUGGACCUGGUGCCAGAGCGCCCAGCCCGCAGUCCAAGCAACGCCCUCGGAUGUCGCUCCCUCGUCCCGAAUCGCCUGUUCGCCGAACCCAGAUGACUCCGGGACCCCGGCCGUCCAUGCCGUCUCCUUCCAAGGCCGCAAGGCAAGCCAGCCCGACGAAUCGAUUUGCCCAAAGUGUCAGGGGUACCGCAGGCGACCCAAAUAAAAAGUUUAGUCGGCUUGAUCAAAGCCUGAAUCUAGGCCAGCGCAGCAGCUCUGCCAUGGGCGGCGGCGGUGUCAUGGACUUUGAUGAUGACCCCGCGCCGCUGGUUCAAAGAUCCGCCAGGCAGCACGGACUGUCUACCUCAGCUUCCGCCUUUAAUCUGCGACGACCGGCUUCACGCGCAAACAACGCCAACGAAGAGGAGAUUGAGCGCCUAAAGACUCAACUAGAGGAUAGGGACAGCCAAUUAAAAGACCAGGCCAGCACCCUGGCAGAGAUGGAGAGUAGCUUGGUUGAGCUGCAGUCAUUGAUCGACCAAUCGGAUGGUCCUAGACACGCAAGGAAUAGCAUAGGCGACAAGGACUCUGCCCAGCUGCGUCUUAUGCUGCGCGAGAAGACGGACAAGAUUGCCAUGCUCACGGCAGAGUUCGAUUCUCACCGGGCCGACUUUCGAAGCACCAUUGAUACGCUAGAGCUUGCCAGCACGGAGACGGAGCGUGUGUACGAGAAGCGCAUGGAGGAACUCCUGGCCGAAAUUAGAGAACUUGAGUCGAGGAACGUCGAUGUUGAUUCUGUUGCGAAUCAACUCAAGCAAUUAGAAGAACUAGUGCAAGAACUAGAAGAGGGCCUUGAAGAUGCGCGCCGCGGAGAAGCCGAAGCCAGAGGCGAGGCUGAGUUUCUACGAGGAGAGGUCGAGAGAACCAGAUCCGAACUGCGCCGUGAACGUGACAAAUCCGGGUCACCGGGCGGGCAGACAAAUGGCGGCAGCGACUCAACUCUAUCGAAGGAGCUGGAGCAGAAAGAAGACGAAAUUCGAGGUCUCAAGGCCAUUAUUCAUUCGCUCAGCCGCGAUUCCGUGCCAGGCGAAGACGAACACACUCCUACACUACGUGAUUCGUUCAAAGACCAAACCGCAACCGACGGAGCAGGCCGCGAUCAUUGGGAGCGUCGCGUAGCUGAACUACAGGCGCUUCUCGAUAAAAAGAACGGCAGAGAAGAGGAGCUCGAGCAAGAGAUUGAGCAUCUCCGCAGGGUCGGCGGGGCGGAGCAAACACAAAACACCACUCAUAAUCACAGAUCUUCGCUGAGAGAUUCUCGCGAUACUGUCAUCCCCACGCGCGCGGAGCCACGUUCACCAGAAGCCGUCACCCAUCGUCGGGGCAACACAUUGGAUACCAUGCCCGAGAGCGACACAUAUUCCUCCGAGACUAGCGCGCUGUGGUGCGAAAUCUGUGAAACGAGCGGUCAUGACAUCCUCACGUGCACAAACAUGUUUGGACCGGAAGGCACCAAGAGCGUCUCUAAUGCAGAUAGCGUUACUAAUCAAGCCGGGGGUCGUGACACCCUCAAGCCAGCGCCGACUGCGCAGUUUAGCAAUGGCGGCGACGAUGCUGCUCGUCCCGCUCCUCUUACUACAGUCCGGUCAAAGCAGGAGACGCAGACAAAGGCACCCAUCAAAAUCAUGCCGAACCCUAUGGAGUCUGGCCCAGUAGCGGGCAAGGAGAGCGGCAUCAUGGAUCCAGAGAAGUGGUGUGCAGUGUGUGAGCGAGACGGGCAUGACAGCGUGGACUGUCCUUUUGAGGACGCAUUUUGA